UGUCUCGGAUAUAAAGUGGUCGCGUGCUCGCAAGCUCAGUCACUGUGCCACCGAACCGCCGAUCCUCGCUCGUAGCUGCUCGAAGCGACCCGAAAACAGCCAACGACCCCUUCUGCUUCUCGUUCGUCUUCUGCUGAUCCGACGAAAGCUCCUUUCGUACGAGGACUGCGCUAUGUCGUCGCUGCGAGUUGCCGUGUUCCUUGCCGUGGUCCUGAUGGCGUUGGUCAACUGGUCGACGGCCCUGCCGGCUCCCGACAAGGAGAGACUUUUAAACGAGGUAGACCUGGUGGACGACGACGGGAGCAUGGAGACGGCUCUGAUCAAUUACCUGUUCACGAAGCAGAUCGUAAAACGGCUUCGCAAUCAGUUGGACAUCGGGGAUCUCCAGCGUAAGCGCAGCUAUUGGAAGCAGUGCGCUUUCAACGCGGUCUCCUGCUUCGGCAAAUAAAACCGAUCGCCGAACUCAAGGAUCGCCGCGACGGUCCUUUCCUUUUUCUCCUCUCUCGUUCUUUCUUUUCCCCCUCGUCCGACCCUCCGGUCGUCAGCGACUAGCUUUUAAACGAUUUAAACCUCGAAGCUCUGACUCCGGGUUUUCCAUCCGCGACGGCAACGAAACUUUCUCGUCGCGCGCCACGGUCUCCUCGAACAAAUACACACGGUUUAUGUCAGAAUUCAAACUCGCGAAUAUUAAUUAGCGUCGUUGUUUAACGGGUAAACCGGCGAUGACAAGUUUCCCUCAAUUCGAGAGAAAGGAAAUAUGAGAGUCACCCGGAAUACGAGAUCUCGUCAGAUAAAAUCUAAAUAGGAAACGUUUUCGACCGUUGGCGUUUCUGAAUGAUCAAAUCGAGAAGCACUCUUGUCGCGGUGCAAAUUGGAAAUUUUGUCGCGGAUGCGAACAACCAAGCAGAGCCAUUUCCCGCAAUAUAUAUGUAUACGUACACUGUAUUCGAUAUUAAGAACAACAAAAAUGGUAGACUAGCGAUGCACGUGUUAAGAAAAUGCAUAAUUUUCGUCGGCGUAUCCAUCGAGGAUGGUUUGCCUCGUUUUUUUUUUUUGGUUCUGAACAAAUUCAACGAGUCCCUUGUACAUCGGAUCCUCUAUGUUUGCAAACACGCAGUGGCUGUAAUUAAUGGAGAACGUUCAAUAAAGAAUUUAUUUCCGUUGUACGCAAUCGGUUAGGCGAUGGAGAAAAUAAUAAAACGAAUCACGGCACGA